AGUGGCCGGGGCCGCCGCUUUCCGCCCCGCUCGGCGAGCCCGGGGGAAGCCGCCUCGUCCAGCCAGGGGCGGGAUGUGGCGGCCGCAGCCCCGUUCGGGCGGCACCGACAGGCGGCGCCGCGGCGGGAGCAGCGGGAGGGAGGCGGCCGGCCCAGAUGGUCUGGAGCACUUAAUGCCUUCAGGUUCUCUUUGUAAAAAGAAACUGGCAAAAAGACCUGGAUACAUGAGGCCAGAGGCUCAGCGACAGCUCCAGUUUCAGUCCCUGGGUGCCUGCAACCCCUUCAGCCCAGAGGAGUUCAAACAUGGCAAGGGGCACUGUGAAGAGUUGGAGGAAUUCUCUCUCUGCGGACAACGCAACAAUAACGUUGAGUUCUUACGCUGCAGUUCAAUUGCAAGUAGUGCUGUAGUUCUUGCUGAUGGGGCAACCACAUUGGGCACUACUGUAAAUAUGCCAGGAAGCUGCAAAAAUCUUUCAUGUUCCAAGAAUCCACAGUCAGAAAACAUAGUAUCGAUUUACCCGGCUGAAACAACAAGCAAAGGUGUUUCUACUGUAUGUGGUACGUGGCAGACGUGCUGCAGAACUGAAGUGAGUGAGCCGCAGAAGAUGCAUGGCUUGGAUCAGGCAGAAGUGAAUAAUAACUGUGAAUAUCAAAAUAGGGAAGCUGUUUCUUGUUCUGUUGGUCUACCUGAUAGUUUUAGUUCGAGUUUCAGCUUCAUACAGCUCUCUCUGAACUCAGCCUCCACAGUAAGCAAUGCUGAAGGCAAGGCAAGUGCAGUUGUGCAUCCCAGCAGUGCCAGAGAUCUGCAGGAGCCGGGGGAGACAAGAAGAACUCAGGAGCACGCAGGGGCUUUGUGUUGUUUCUCUAGGUCCAGUGAGGAUUUGAAGUCUGAAAAUGAGACCACAGCGAGUGAUAAACUUCAGGAUUGUGAGACUGUCUCUCUCUCUGAUACAGAUGCAACAUUUUCAUGUUCUACAGAUUCCUCAGAUGCGGCAUCUGCUGGUUCCUCUGUUACCUCAGGCUAUGAAAGUAGUUUUACUGUUAGUGACCAAAACUGGGAUACUUUGAUAAAAAGGUAUGAACCAGCACUACUGGACUGCCAGCUUGGCAACCGGAGUACAUUAAAGGUAAAAUCCAUGAUAUUACAGAUUCGGAGGCUUCAGCAGAAAGCAAUAGAGGCGGACGAUUAUGAUAAAGCUGAUAAAUUUAGAUGGAAAUUAGAAGAACUGGAGAAAGAAAAAAAAUCUUUAAAAUUUCAACUUCCUUCGAGACAUCCUUCAAUUAGCAGUUUUUUGCAUAGGUUUGUCACCCAAGUUCAAGCAGUAUUGUGCUGGGCUGUGGAUGGGGUUAGAAAUGAAGAAACCCAACUUCGGCAUGAAAACAAACAUGAACUGUUGAGAUCCACUUACCAGGAGAGGAUAAAGGUUUUGGCCGUGAAACGAAACGACCUUUUGCAAGAAAAGAAAUGUUUACAGAAAGAAAUUGAAGACCUCCGAGUAAGACUGACUGUGUUAGAAGAGAAAGAUCAACAGCUACAAAGAGAAAUUGAAGAACAAGACAGGCUUAUUCAGUCACAGGACUGUGAACUGACUGCCUUGCUUGGCUGUGUUUCUUUGAGAGAGCUACGGGAAAUAAGCAAGGCUGUGGAUGACACUUUAGCAUCCUCCUAUGGAAUUCCAUUCAGCUUGGAUCUUCCAGAGACAAUAAAGAGCCUUCAGGAAAAAGAGCAAUCACUCAGCAUGUCCAUUAAAGAAACUACUGCCAAAGUUUGCACGAGUCAGAAACUCUGCAGUACUUUGAGGAAGAAAGUGAGUGAUAUUGAGACCCAACUACCAGCUCUACUUGAGGCCAAAAUGCUGGCUGCAUCAGGGAGUAAUUUCAGUACUGCUAAGGAUCUGACAGAAGAAAUAAGAUCAUUAACAUCUGAGAAGGAGGGACUGGAAGGACUUCUCAGUGAGCUACUGGUUUUGAGUGCCCAAAACAUCUGGAAACUAGAGAGAAUUAAAGAUGACUACAACAGACUGAAGCAAGAACUUGAACAAGGAGAGAUUGUCUUUGUGACCAGUGUAAAAGAAAAUGCUGAAAAGUAUAUGGAGAUGCUGGAAGCUAAACUACAUAGUUGUGGGAGCCAGCUGCUUCAGAGAGUGUGGGAAGCUGACUUAGAGGCCUGUCAGCUGUUGAUCCGAGGGUUUCAACUGAAAGAAACCAAUUGCUGUGGUUUUGAGGAAGAGGAGAACCAAAUAGAUGAGCUGGAGAUGACUGCUGAUGGCCCUUCUGAUUCUGAAAAGAGGAAAGAAGAUCACUUUCCAAAGGGCACGGAGUGGGACAGAGUUUCCUGCCCCAAGCACAGUAAGCUGAAACAGGUUGUCGAAGACAUUUCAUUUGGAGCAGAAGGUCAUUUAUCUGAGGAGUUCUUCGUAUUUUCUGCAGAGUUGGGAGAAAAAUGUGAAGCAAUAAGUGAGAAAUUGGUGCAUCUGGAAGACCAGCUUCGAACUUCAGUGUGCAGAGUUGAUGAAGGUAUUAUUCAGUCUCUACAGAGGGAGAUCCAGGUGGUGAAGGAGACGCUCCAGACCGUGCUACUGCAACUUCAGCCAGCCAGGGAGGCAGGAGAAGAAAAGGCUGGAGACUUCCUCUGUGACAGCUGGUGUCCAGGAAAACAGGACUCGAAGGAAUAAUGAGCAGAAAGCACUGGUAGGAUGACAUUAAUUCGCAAAGGGCUGCUUUUAGUAACUGAAUACUGUUUUACCAAGCCUCAGGGAUCUCUUCCCUCCCUGCAUAACUAAUAACUAAAUCAAUUAUGGAGAAACAGAGCCUGGAGGUCUAUCAUCAGAAGUAUUCUACACAGGCUCACAUGUUCUGGCACAGAUUGGGAAACAGCUUUCGGAGCAGAGCAUCCCUUGUAAAUGUGUAGAUUACAAAUUGAUACAUUUCAAGUGAGUCUGCAAAGUUGCCUUUAAUGUCAGUGAAAUGUUCUCCUUGAAGACUUGUAAACAGUAUCUGUCUUCCUUACUCAUGUUUUUUUCUUCCCCUGAUUUAAAAAUGUAGUGCUAAAGCUGGAACAUCUAGUAUUUCUCAAAAAAAAAAACAAAAAAAAAAAACAAAAAAAAAACCCUGUAAGAAUAAGAACUUCUUUUUUUUCCUUUGGCUUUAACAGCUUUCUUACACUGAAUGUAUUUGCACAUUCCUGCCAAUAAUUAAAUCAACAGGAUGAAAUUCAAGCUAACCACGUUCUUUUAACAGAAAUUUGAAGCUCAUUUACUCAAUGGCAUUGAGUACAGUAGAGGUAACUAACAGCAGCCCCUACAGCAGUAGUUUAACUAUUUUCAUUAGGUAUUAAUAUAAACUCAUUUUAGUAUUACAAGGGUUGUAAAACACACGCACAAAAAGUACUAUGUUGAUGAUUUGUGCUCCUUUGAAGUAUUGUAUGAACAAUGUGUCAUUUAAGUUGCCUUGUAAAGUUUACUGUUACUGUUACAUUACUUUGAUCUUCCUUAUAAACUUCAGGAGGAAUGCAGAUACUUUUUUUCCUCUCCUCGACAGACAUGUAUACAUAUUUAUACAUGUAUUUUUAAUAGGAAAGGAAAGCAAUGUUCCACUGAAGACAGCUAAUACAAGUGACCUAUAUUUAGGUCAUUGUUCAACACAGUUAAAGCUUUUAGGAAUUCAUAGUGUACUCUUACUUGGAUACCUGAAUGUAUCCGAUAGCAUCUGAUACCGCAAAGUUCUGCUUCUGCCAUCUAAUGCAGAGGGAGAACUUACAAACAAAUUAUCACUGGCACAUUUUUUUAAGCCACUAGAUCAAACAAGUGUCUUGCAACUCAUUAUUGUACUUUUUAAUACUGUUUGCAUGACAUUUUAAAAAUUACUGUUUCUGCUACUUCAGUUACACAUUUUGUAGCCACAUUGUGAAAGUUUUUGCAAAUUUUGAAGGUCAUUGGAUAACUAGCCCACUAGGACUGUGUUCAUUUUCUUUCAUGUGUUUUAAUUCUGGUUGAAACUUCUACCUCAAUGUUAUGGAAAAAAAAGUGCCAGGCAGCUGCCACUUACAACAGGGUUAUAAUUGCAUCCAGAGGAGCAGAGCUCAGGUGGGUCCUGGAAUCAUCAGAUCCUUGGGAUGGAAUUACAGCCCUGUAAUUCAGACCAUGGUUGGCUUUUUCAUUGUAUGAUAUAUGGAUCAGCAUCUGUGGUGUGGUAAAGACACUUGGACUUUCACCUUGCGUGAACUCCAGCACUGUUCCCACCCCCAGUCUCAGACAGAAGUCUCUUGGGCUCUGCUGCUGCUCUGACAGGCCUAUUCCUCCAGGCUUUACUGGACUGUCCCUGGCAGCUUCCUGCCUCCCCACGGUAGAUUUGGCACUUUCUGAAACCAACAAGCCAGGUGGCAGCUUGUGUUUCACUGACAUUCAGCUCACAAAAAGCCUGGCCCACCUGGGGAACCCUGGCUGGCCACAGGGGACAACUGUCAGACAGAAGACACUCAUGGGUACCCACAUGAGCAUAGGUUUAAAAAAAAAAAAAAAAAAAAAAAAAAAGGAAAAACAACAAAAGAUCUCUCCUAUAGUGGUAUUCCUAAGGCUGCUUGUGGGUUAACACCAUAAGCUUCCAGCAGUGAGCAGUUACAGGGCUACAAGCCCACUGCAAUGACAGCCCAGAUAAGCAGUGCACUAAGGCUGUGCAGCUCCUCUCUCCCUCAUGCUGAGGGGUGUGUGGAGCUUUGUCCUUUAACUCUGAGUGCCUGAGAGCCAAGAUCAGACACAGCUGAGGUGUGAGGCUUUUCCUCCAGGCAGCAGCAACAACAGGGACUGUAACCAUCCCAGGGCCAGGACAACUGCAUUCAUGUUCUCACUAGCACAAUCUUUUGUAGACAUUCCCACUCACUCGCUUAAAGAACCUGAAGGAGGAAAACUGAACCAAUCAUUCAUAUCAUAUUUGUACCUAUUAACAUUAUUUUAUAAUGUGGACUACUACUACUUUAAUUUAUUAUUCCAUUAACUCCACUGUUUGUUGUGGGAAGUUAGAGCCAGUAAUCAUUCCUUCUCAGACAUACUGAAUAAUAAGCAUAAUUACAAAAACAAAGAAGGUAUACUAUGCAACAUAUCAGCUGCCUUUUAUCUGUGGAUAGAAAACUUUCAAAUAAAGAGAAAUAUUAUUUUAACUAA